GUUUCCUGAUAGUCUACCUCUCUGUCUCUGCGUCGACGGCAUUGCCAAGAUGGGUUGGAGUUUCCACGGCCACAAGCGCGACGUUGACGCCGAAAAGCACCUCAAGCGGCUACACAAGACGACGCCGUUCAUCGAGAGCCCCCUCGUCGGUGCCGAUCACGAGAGCCUGGUCUUUUCCCAGCGCCACGAGGCCAACAGCGUCGAAUUGUUCUUCGACCUCUUCUUCGUCGCAAACUUGGCAACAUUUACCGCCUACCACUCCAUCACCGACGUCGACUACCUCCUGGGAUACAUUGGCUUCUUCGGCAUCCUGUGGUCGUGCUGGUUCCAGAUUACCCUCCACGAUGUGCGCUUUGCUCGAGACUCGCUGUAUGAGCGCGUGUGCAAGACGAUUCAGUUCAUCGUCUUCGUCGGACUGGCAUUGGUGGGCAGCCAGUUCAACCCUGCAAACUCAAAGGGCCCCCGCAACAACACGAACUUCCGCAUCCUGUGCUACACGCUUGUCAUCAGCCGUGGUCUCCUUGCCAUCCAGUAUCUCGUUGUCCUCUUCUUCACGUGGAGGGCAAAGUACUCCAAGAUCUACCUGCCUCUGCUGCUCAUGUUCAUCAUCUACGGAGUCAGCAUGGGUGCAUUCGCUGGAAUGACACCUGCGUUCCGCGAGGGCAACCAGAAGAAACGGCACGUGUACCUGGUAUGGUACGUUGUCAUGGUCAUCGAGGCCAUCUUUGUCAUUGCCAUAUCCUGUAUUUGGCGUAUGCUUAGUUUCAAGAAGACGCAUCUAAUGGAGCGCAUGAGCUUGCUAACCAUCAUUGUUAUUGGCGAGGGUGCCAUCGGUGUCACAAAGACCGUGUCGCGAAUCAUGGGCAAGCACGGCCUUGAUGUCGAAGGAUGUUUUUUAAUCAUGUGCAUCAUUGUCGUUUUGGUGCUAGUCUGGGCCCUCUACUUUGACAAUUUCCCCCAUGGGCACUAUGGAACAAUCCGACAGCAGAUCUGGAGUCUUUUGCAUUUUCCACUUCAGAUUGCCAUUGUCGGUGUAGUCGAAGGCUCCCAGCAGCUGGCCCUGGCCCGCUAUGUCAUCAACAACACCAACAAGGCCGCAGCCAAAGUCACAGAGUAUUGCGUCAAAGAAAAUCUUGACGGUGAAAAGCUGCAGGAAAAACUGCUCAGCCUGCUGGAAUACUUUGAGCUCGACUCUAAGCUCGAGACUUUGAGUUUCUUCGACGAAGCGCAAUCGGCAAUCAUAGAGAUUGGAAAAACGGCGGGCAUUUGCUCGCCUGAGAACUCGUCCAAGUACGCCUUUGGCACCAACGACGAAGAAAGCACCUGGCCCUAUGCUUUCAGGAACGUGUCCUACUCCAUCAGCAAUGGCGUGUACACGGGUCUCGGCAUGAAGCUUCCGGUGGACAAGCUCGAAGACCACAGCCCGCUGGAAGUCGGACUCAAAGCGUGGAAACUCGUCUACCUAUACUUCUGGGCGUCCUUCUGCCUUCUGACCAUCUGCUUUGUCAUCUUCCUGUUCCUCAUCCGCCGCCACAAGUCGGACCUCUUUGACUGGACAUCGGUCAUGUCGCGCAUGGCCGCCUUUUCCGUCGGCCUCGCCAUGCUUGCCCUUACUGCCGACGACACCAAAGUCUACGCUGCGAUUGAAUCCCCCGCUAUGCUGCCCGUCUUGGUUGUGCUCCUCUUCCUGAUCCUCACCAUUGACAAAUUAAGCGCAAUAUGGUGUAACCACCAUCUCAAGAAGAGCGGCAAGCCGUAUGCACUCGAAGUUGAUGAGCAUAGCCACGACCACCACGACCACCACGACCACGCUUCGCACGUUACCGCCCACGAAACAGGCCCCUUGUACGGCCACCUGUCGCACGAUGCCGGCGCCGACGAAGAAGCUAACAAAGCCGCGCGGUGGAGCAUGCACCCGGAAGACAUGGUGCCGCUUGCGUCGCACCGCAUCAGCUACAACUCAUCACAACAGAGCCUCACCCUGCAACCAACCCACACCCCGCCGCCAAUGGUGGAAAUCUCUCAUGUGAACCCGGAUCUUGAGGUUCAUACAGAGUACACGGGUGCCACGAGUACGGGUUAUGCACCUGUCAACAACACGGAUCCGCAUCACGGGGCAUGACAUGUUUGUGAACCAACAUUCCUGCGUUGAGUCUCUUUCUUUCUCCCUUGUAGUUCUUUUUUCCAUUCAUAAUAUGUUUUUGGUCAUUUAGCGAGCGUGGCGUUUGUCUUGUUUUUUUUGUUUCUGCUUUUCCAUCCUAUCGGACAUUUCCUUGUCUGAAAGCAUGAUAUCCAAAGUCGGGCCACGCUAAAACAAAGGUUCGCGAGUCAUUGGUACACGACGUUUCUGUGGCUACCACCACCAACAAUCCCCUUUUUUUUCUUCUCAAACCCCCAUUAUUCUUGUUGAUUAUCAAGCAUUGCCACUUGAAAUAAAAAAAGGGCGCUGCGAACAGGGGAGGGCGGA